GCCGCCGCCGCCUCUGCGACGCCGCCGGGGUGGGGAGGAGGGUGGGGUGACGACGAGACUGCAGGAUGGAGAUGAUACGGAGCAAUUUUAAAAAUAAUCUUCACAAAGUGUACCAGGCCAUUGAGGAGGCGGAUUUCUUGGCAAUCGAUGGGGAGUUUUCAGGAAUCAGUGAUGGACCUUCAGUUACAGCAUUAACCAAUGGUUUUGACACCCCAGAAGAAAGGUAUCACAAACUUAAAAAGCAUUCCAUGGACUUUUUGCUGUUUCAAUUUGGACUUUGCACUUUUAAAUAUGACAGCACAGAUUCAAAGUAUAUAAUGAAGUCAUUUAACUUUUAUGUUUUCCCAAAACCCUUCAGUAGAACUUCACCAGAUGUCAAAUUUGUUUGUCAGAGCUCAAGCAUAGACUUUCUGGCAAACCAAGGAUUUGAUUUUAAUAAAGUUUUUCGCAAUGGAAUCCCAUAUUUAAAUCAGGAAGAAGAAAGACAGUUGCGGGAGCAAUAUGAUGAAAAACGUUCACAAUCCAAUGGUGCUGGAACUUUAUCAUAUAUAUCUCCUAAUGCUUCAAAGUGUCCUGUGAUUAUUCCUGAGGAUCAGAAAAAGUUUAUUGAAAAAGUAGUGGAGAAAAUAGAAGAUUUGAUACAAAGUGAAGAAAACAAGAACUUGGAUUUAGAACCAUGCACAGGGUUUCAAAGGAAAUUAAUUUAUCAGACUUUGAGCUGGAAGUAUCCCAAAGGCAUCCAUGUUGAGACUUUAGAAACAGAGAAGAAAGAACGAUAUAUUGUUAUUAGCAAAGUAGAUGAGGAAGAACGUAAAAGGAGAGAACAACAGAAGCAUGCUAAAGAACAGGAGGAACUAAAUGAUGCCGUAGGAUUUUCUAGAGUCAUUCAUGCCAUUGCUAAUUCUGGCAAACUUGUUAUUGGGCAUAAUAUGCUCUUGGAUGUCAUGCAUACAAUUCACCAGUUUUACUGUCCAUUGCCUGAGGACUUAAAUGAAUUUAAGGAGGUAACAACAUGUGUCUUCCCCAGGUUACUGGAUACUAAACUGAUGGCAAGCACACAACCUUUUAAGGAUAUUAUUAACAACACAUCCCUUGCAGAACUGGAAAAGCGAUUAAAAGAGGCACCAUUCAGCCCUCCUAAAGUUGAAAGUGCAGAAGGAUUUCCAAGUUAUGAUACUGCAUCUGAACAGCUCCACGAGGCAGGCUAUGAUGCAUACAUUACAGGACUGUGUUUCAUCUCCAUGUCUAAUUUCCUAGGUUCUUUUCUCAGUCCUCCAAAAAUUCAUGUGUCUGCCAGAUCAAAACUCAUUGAACCUUUUUUUAACAAGCUAUUUCUUAUGAGGGUCAUGGAUAUCCCAUAUCUCAAUUUGGAAGGACCAGACUUGCAACCUAAACGAGAUCAUGUUCUACAUGUGACAUUCCCCAAAGAGUGGAAAACCAGUGACCUAUACCAGCUUUUUAGUGCCUUUGGUAAUAUUCAGGUAUCUUGGAUUAAUGAUACAUCAGCAUUUGUCUCUCUGAGUCAACCUGAACAAGUGCAGAUUGCCGUCAAUACCAGCAAGUAUGCAGAAAGUUAUCGAAUCCAGACUUAUGCUGAGUAUGUUGAAAAAAAACAUAUGGAUAAACAGAACAAGAGAAAAUGGACAGAAAAUAGUUGGAAGGAAGUUGAAAGAAAGCGGUUAAAAACUCAGUGCACAUCGUAUAUCCCACAGAGUCGAUAUUACUGUGUUAACAGUUUUACAGCUACCAGCACAGUAGGAAAGAGAAACAUGAGCCCCAUUCAAGAGGAAACUGGCUCUGAAGAUAUAGAGUCAGUGGAAAUAUCAGACUGUGAGCUUGAUCAGACAGAUUCCUCUGCAGAGUCCCUUACAGAAGGGAAGAAAAAAGCCAAGAAAUGUAAAAAAGUAAAGAAAGAACUCACUUCAGCUGGAAGCAUCUCUAGCAGUUCCGCCAAGCUCUUUGAAGUUCCUGAUUCAUGGUAGCCAACAGUUGAAAGAAGAAAGCAGGGACUCCGAUUCUGAGAAAUCACCAGACUUACACCACUUGGAAGCCAUACUGUAUUUAAUUUAAUAAAAUGUGGUGUGGGCAUGGCUUUGAAAACAAAGUAUGUCUCUUGAAAAACCAGUUUUUUUUUUAAACUGUCCAUUGAACAAUCAUUGCAGCUUUAGAGUGUCAUAAAUGUAUUUCUCAUUAACUGGUUGAAUUUGUUUGUCUGUCAUGUGAAGCUUUUGCUGUCAUAAAUGUUAGAUCAGAUAUUCAAAUUUAAGUGUGUUUGGGGCCACCUGAGAUGGUAUGCUGGCUGCGAAAUGUACAGAAUGAGCUGCUGACAUUCUUUCUUCUGUGCUAUUGUCAAGAUUUUGUGUUGAACUCUUUCCUGCUUUCAGGGUUAUCACACAUCUCUUUAUAUUGGGGUUUUUAGGCAAUUGCAACAAAUGGUCAUCAGUCUCCCAGUAAAUAGGCCUGUCACCGUUGCAUUGCUUUUCACCCAUUCCUCUGCCUGAAAACAUUGCAUUCUCAAGCUUGCUUUUCUGGUAAAAGAAUUUUUACCAUUGUCAGCUCAGAAAUGAACCUGAAAUAUCCAGCAGCUUUUUGAAACCAUAAUUUAUGGAGUGACUUUUCAAGACGUUAUUUUCUCAUGUGGGAGAGAGGGACACGAAAGAGUUAUUUUUUGGUACACAUUUUGCCCAUAUUCACUAUUUAAAUCUUGAUCUAGAUUUUGGGGGGAGGGGUAACGAGGCAGGGAGAAAUCUUUUGAUAAAGUUUUGUGUGUGGGUAAGAGGGAGAGAGGGAAUGUGUGUGUGUGUGUGUGUCUUUGUAUGAAAUCUAUGACAGACCUACAAAAUACACCAGCCCUUACUCUGUUAAAAGAAAAAAAAAAACAACUAAACAAAAGAAAAAACAAAAUUC